UCUGAUCCUACACUAUUUGAAUUUCAUUGUUUCUUCGAUGUUCUCAAUCUCAAAUGAAUUCACAAGGGACAGAUCACAUACAUAGGACAGGCAGUGAAUGUUCCUACUAGUUUCUUAUUGAUUUCCUAUAUAACUUGGUACAUUUUAAGAGAAAAACACUUCUCCGCAUUGCUGGUAUCUCGGAUGCUCAACUUUGAAACUUCCAUGGCUAGCAAUAUCACCACCACUGCUGCACUUGUUGUGUUUAUGCUGUUUUUGGCAAGUUUUGCCGGUGUAAGAUCGAAGUACAUAGCGUAUAAUACUUCUCAAAGUAUAGUUCAUGGGAAGCUUAAUGUUCAUUUAGUUGCUCAUACUCAUGAUGAUGUUGGUUGGUUAAAGACUGUUGAUCAGUAUUAUGUUGGAUCUAACAAUUCAAUCCAGAUAGCUUGCGUUCAAAAUGUCUUGGAUUCUAUGGUUCCGGCGUUAUUAGCUGAUAAAAAUCGCAAGUUCAUUUAUGUUGAGCAGGCCUUCUUUCAGCGCUGGUGGAAUGAACAAAGCGAUACUGUGCAAGAUAUAGUUAAGAAGCUAGUUCGCUCAGGCCAACUAGAACUAAUAAAUGGGGGAAUGUGUAUGCACGAUGAGGCGGCACCACAUUACAUUGACAUGAUCGACCAAACAACACUUGGGCACCGAUUUAUCAAGCAAGUGUUUAAUCAGACUCCUAGAAUCGGUUGGCAAAUCGAUCCGUUUGGUCAUUCAGCAGUCCAAGCUUACUUGCUGGGAGCCGAGGUAGGAUUCGAUUCUUUUUUCUUCGGUAGGAUCGAUUACCAAGAUUUACAACAGCGUAAAAAUGAAAAGCGCCUCGAGUUUGUCUGGCAAGGUUCUAAGACCCUUGCUUCAUCAGCUCAGAUUUUUGCUGGUGCACUGACCAGAAAUUAUGAACCUCCCAGCAGUAACUUCUACUUCGAAGUUAAUGAUGCAUCUCCUGUGGUACAGGAUGACCAUGACUUGUUUGAUUACAAUGUCCAAGAGAGAGUCGAUGAUUUUGUAGCUAAUGCGAUAUCACAGGCAAAUGUAACUCGAACAAAUCAUAUAAUGUGGACCAUGGGGACAGACUUUAAGUACCAAUACGCAAAUUCAUGGUUCCGUCAGAUGGACAAGUUCAUACACUAUGUGAAUAUGGAUGGGCGUGUCAAUGCACUUUAUUCAACUCCAUCCAUUUACACCGAUGCAAAAUGGGCAAGUCAUGAAUCCUGGCCGCUCAAGACCGGCGAUUUUUUUCCCUACGCGGACCGAGCAAAUUCUUACUGGACAGGAUACUUCACCAGUAGACCUGCUUUGAAACGCUAUGUCAGGGUGUUGAGUGGUUACUAUUUGGCAGCAAGGCAACUGGAAUUCUUUAAAGGGAGGAAUAAAUCAAGGCCUAAUACGGACAGUUUAGCCGAUGCAUUGGCAAUUGCUCAGCAUCAUGAUGCAGUUAGUGGAACAUCUAAGCAGCAUGUAGCUAACGAUUAUGCAAAACGACUAUCAAUGGGUUAUGUCGAGGCUGAGGAUUUGGUUGCAUCUUCACUUGCUAGCUUGACAGAUUCAACUAGAAAUCGAAGUUCUGGGAAACCGGCAACUAAAGUUGAGCAGUGCCCACUUUUAAACAUAAGUUAUUGUCCACCGACUGAAGUCGAUUUGUCUCGUGGGAAAAGUUUUGUCAUUGUUGUCUACAACGCACUUGGGUGGAAGAGGGAGGAUAUCGUCCGGAUUCCUGUUACCAGCGAAUCAGUGACGGUCCGGGAUUCCAGUGGAAGAGAAAUUGAAUCACAGCUCUUACCACUGUCCAGUGCUUCUUUGAACAUAAGAAACUAUCAUGUCAAGGCAUACUUGGGUAAAUCACCAAGUGAUACACCCAAGUAUUGGCUUGCAUUUUCUGCAUCUGUACCUCCUCUUGGUUUCAGCACCUACACUGUUUCUGGAACCAAAACAGGAGGUGCUAGUUUGUCCAAGUCAACAGUUUAUGGAUCAAAAAGAAAUGGAAAUGGAACUUUAGAAGUUGGGCAAGGAAACUUGAAACUUAUAUAUGAUGUUCAUCAAGGAAAACUUACUCAGUAUAUCAAUAGAAGAAGCUUGGUCAAAGCUCCUCUGCAUCAGUCAUAUAGUUUUUACACUGGUUAUGACUACAGUGAUAUUCAAGACCCUCAGGCAUCUGGAGCAUAUAUAUUUCGUCCUAAUGGUACAUUUCCGCUUAGAUCUGGCUCAAAGGUUCCUGUGACUGUUCUACGAGGACCAGUAUUAGAUGAAGUACACCAACAGGUUAAUGAAUGGAUACAUCAGAUCACAAGAGUGUACAAGGGGAAGGAACAUGCUGAAGUGGAAUUCAUUGUUGGGCCGAUACCUAUUGAAGAUAAACUUAGUAAAGAAAUUACAACUAAAAUUUCGACUACCUUGAAGACCAACAAAACGUUCUACACGGAUUCAAAUGGACGGGAUUUUAUCAAAAGGGUCAGAGACUACAGAGCAGAUUGGGACUUACAAGUAAACCAACCUAUAGCUGGAAACUACUAUCCAAUUAAUCUUGGAAUAUAUAUAGAAGAUGACAAGACUGAGCUUUCGGUUCUGGUAGACCGGUCAGUGGGUGGAUCCAGUUUAAUGGAUGGACAAGUAGAGCUGAUGCUCCAUAGGAGGUUGGUUUAUGAUGAUUUCAGAGGUGUUGCAGAAGCACUGAGUGAAACAGUCUGUGUCGCUGAUAAAUGCACGGGGUUAAUAAUUCAAGGCAACUUUUAUCUCAGGAUUGACCCUCUGGGGGAGGGAGCCAAGUGGCGCCGUUCAUUUGGUCAAGAAAUAUAUUCGCCGUUUCUCUUAGCCUUCAGUGAACAGGACGGUGAUAAUUGGAGGAGUUCUCAUGUUACGUCUUUUUCAGGGAUGGAUCCCUCUUACAGUCUACCUGAUAAUGUUGCAAUGCUAACCUUACAGGAGCUUGUAGACGGAAAAGUACUUGUACGAAUGGCUCACCUAUACGAGAUGGGUGAGGACAAGGACUUAUCAAGGAUGGCGCACGUGGAACUAAAAAAACUGUUCCCAUACAAGAAGAUUGGCAAAGUAACAGAAAUGAGCUUAUCAGCUAACCAAGAAAGAGCUGAAAUGGAGAGAAAGAGAUUGGUCUGGAAAAAUGAAGGCUCCUCGAAGGUAAAACCACCUAAGGUGGUGAAGGGUGGGGCGCUUGACCCGGCGAAAUUGGUCGUUGAACUAGGCCCAAUGGAAAUUCGUACGUUCACUAUCGAUCUUGGUGGACAUUGACGGUGGAACGAACUAUCGACUUCGGUGGACAUUGAUGGUGGUUUGUUCCAGACAUUGAUGGUGGUUUGACGGUGGAACGAACUAUCUUCUUGAAUCUCUAGUAAAAUGACUUGUGGGGAAGAGAUGUUGUGGCUAGCAAGGGCACUGAGUUAAUGUGUUGGACAAUAUCUUGUUUAUCAGUUUAAUAAUAAUCUUCUAAAAAUGAUGAAAACGAAAUCAUUUGAUGAUGUAAAGAGGAAUCCAUUUUCGUUCAGAAACAGUUUGGCGAUUUAGUUUUA